ACCGGAACUGGAUUAUUGGCUUCUAUGAGCGGGUGAAGAUGCGGCGUCCUGUGUGGCGGUGGCUUUGUUUGUGCUGCGUCCUGGUGGUGCAGGCUGAGGCCCCGAACCCAGAGGAACCCCCGGAGCGGAGCAGGCCUUAUGCGGUGCUGCGCGGGCAAAACUUGGUGUUGAUGGGAACCAUUUUCAGCAUCCUGCUGGUGACCAUCAUCCUUAUGGCAUUUUGUGUCUACAAGCCCAUUCGCCGUCGGUGACAGCAGAGCAACUUCCGCUGCAAGUUUUGGGGAACAGGAUAAGUUGUGUUGCACAUGGGCCAGUGGAGGAUUUGGAAUCAGAACUUUUCUACUUAGAAACGACCUUUGGUUUGGACAGUUGGUAAAUGCUAAACAAUGUAG